ACUUGGUUUAACCACAAAUGUUCUUCCCUUACUGCUUUUACUUAAAUCCAUAAAGUUUGUUUGCGUUUGCGUUUAGGAUCCUACCUUUUUUUGCUAAAAGUUCUUAGCUUUUUCUGCGUUUUUAGCAAUAGAUCCCCCGUAAAGUAACUUUUUAAUUGAUAGCUGGAUUCGUCGAAUUUUAUUAUUUAGUUUUUUUUUUGUCUCCUUCACUUUAUUAUUUAGGAUUUUUUUCAGUUUUGUAAAUGGGAAGAGAAUUGAAGAAGCCUAAUCUGAUUUUCAGUGGUAUUGAUUCAGAAUCUCAGUUAGAAUAUUUCAGCUCUGCAAUUACUAUGAUGUGAUGGAUGGAUUCUCAUUUAUGUGUGUGAUGGUGUUUUUAUAGCUCAAUUAGUAAACUUUAUUAGCUGUGAUUAUUGCUAAUUUCGAAAGAAUGUGAUUGAUUCGCAAAGCUGUAGCCUUUCCUAAGUUCCUGAACCUUUAUUGUCUGAUUGAAAACUGAAGUUACUGAUCUCAUUAUGUGUUCUUGGAUAUUUUAUAAUCUUUAGGUUCAUCAUACUCUCCCAAGAUGCAUCUCAAGGCCCCUGAACACCAGGUUGCAGGACACAUUGCUAAAGACGGGAAGCCUGGUCCUCUUGUCGACGACAAGGGCAGGUUCUUCAAGCCCCUCCAGGGAGACUCCCGUGGCGAAAUCGAGGUGAAGUUCUACGAAUCUUUCUCCUCAAACACAGAGGUCCCAGAUCACAUUCGUAGAUACUUCCCUGUCUAUCACGGCACUCAAGCCGUUGAAGGCUCUGAUGGAGCAGCCAUGAUUGUCCUGGAGAAUCUUCUCUCCAAGUACUCUAAGCCAUCGGUGAUGGAUGUCAAGAUGGGUUCAAGAACAUGGUACCCUGAAGCAUCCGAAGAAUACAUCCAAAAAUGCUUAAGGAAAGACGCUAGGAGCACCACGGUCUCCUCCGGUUUCAGGAUCUCUGGCUUCGAGGUGUAUGACCACAAGGAGCUGAGUUUCUGGAAGCCGGACAGGAAGCUUCUGAACGGGAUCAAAGUCGACGGCGUGAGGCUGGCUCUGCGGAAGUUUGUAUCGUCCAACACACUCUCUGACACAAGUUCGAAGCCUGACGCUGCUUUUGCGUCGAGCGUCUACGGAGGUUCCAACGGGGUCUUGACGCAGCUGCUGGAGCUCAAGACCUGGUUUGAGAACCAGACGUUUUACCAUUUCAACUCGUGUUCGAUUCUGAUAAUCUAUGAGAACGAAUCCAUACACGAGGAUGGUGCUCGAGCACAGGUGAAGCUGGUGGAUUUCGCUCAUGUUCAUGAUGGUAAUGGCGUCAUCGACCAUAACUUCUUGGGUGGGCUAUGCUCUUUCAUCAACUUCGUUCGUGAUAUUCUUCAGAGCUCAGAUGAGUCUACAGAUAACUGAAGAGUAUACAUACAUAUGGCACUGAAGGGUAUUAUUAGAUUUAUAUAUAUUAUUACUUCUGGGUUGGCUGAUUCAUUUUUGGAUUUGUAUACCAUGUCUCCCUCGAAAUAUUCUUGGUUAUCUAAAGAGUAUACAUACAUUAGUACUACU